ACACUCGAUGUCUUAAUGUCGGGGAUCAUGGUUGGUGGAUGGGUGGCGUGUUGCCUUCUCCUGGGCUUUGUCCAUGGAAGGGAGAGAGUGGAUCCGCUGGUUGAGACGAAGCAGGGUAUUAUAAGAGGUGUGAGAGCUGACGCUGGUGAUUAUUCCAUGUUCCUCGGAAUACCAUUCGGAAAGGUGGAUGAGAAUAAUCCGUUUGGACUCGCCACACCCUAUCCAAAAUUCGAGACGACAUUCCUGGCUGACGACGACUCGUCUAUUUGUCCACAAAUAGAAGAAUUCAAUAAAACUAUCGUCGGGUCCCUGGACUGUCUUCACCUGAAUGUCUACGUACCGAACGUAGCCAGCUCUAGGAACAAACUGCCAGUUCUAGUUUGGAUAUAUGGAGGUGGAUUCCAGAUUGGAUUUUCCGGCAGAUACUUACACGGACCGCAGUACCUUGUCAGACAUGACGUCAUUAUGGUUACUCUGAAUUAUAGACUCGGUCCAUAUGGCUUCAUGUGCUUGGACUCUCCCGAGGUUCCCGGGAAUCAGGGACUGAAGGACCAGCUGUUAGGACUUCGCUGGAUUAAAGACAAUAUCGAAUCGUUUGGCGGAGAUGUGAAUAAAAUCACUCUGAUGGGUGAGAGCGCCGGUGCUGUGUCCGUGGAAUUGCACUUAUGGUCCCAACAGGAAAAGCUGUUCAACAGUGUUAUCUUACAAAGCGGUUCCGUAUACAGCCCGUGGGUGAUAAUCGAUACUGACGUGACACAAGCCAUAAGACUAGCUGGAAAGCUGGGUUUUGACACAGAUAGCACGUCGGAGGCGAUAUCGUUCUUAGCAAAAACGGAUACUAGAUUGGUGAUCGCGGCCGCCUCGGAGAUGUCCAUGGCAUUCGGUGUGUGUGUAGAGAAAGAAUUUGACAACGUCGAGAGUAUAAUUACUGAACAUCCAAGAAAUUCUAAUGUCCCAAUGGCGAAGAAUAUUCCCAUACUGACAGGAUUUAACAACAAAGAAAGGAUGGUCAGUUAUUUAGACCAACCCGACAGUUACUUCGCCAACUUGGAUGUGUUUAACAGCUCCCUGAGUGCUGUACUGGAAUACGACGAGGAGUUCCACGAGAUGGCAGCACUAGUCCGACACUUCUAUAUCGGGGACGAGGAGUUCAGUCAGGACGUGAAAUGGGAAAUAAUUGACUUCAGUUCCGACAACAGUUUCAUUUACCCAGUACACGAAAGCAUAGCCAAGUUUCUGGAUAACGGAGCGGAAAAAUUGUAUCACUACGUGUUCUCUUACAGCGGUGAUAGGAAUUUCGUUAAGAAAAGAUACAACAUAACCGAGAAGGGCGCAGCGCACGCUGACGAGAUCAGCUUCUUGUUCGACAUGACCUACGAUCCGUCGAUCCCGACAGCGGAAGAUCAACACAUCAUCGAUGUGAUGACGACCUUGUGGACCAAUUUCGUCAAAUACGGGAAUCCAACACCGGAAACCACAGAGCUGCUUCCCGUCAAAUGGCUUCCCGUCACCAAGGAUUCCCUCAACUGUUUAAAUAUCGACACAGAACUUUCCCUCCAGAGAAACAUUUAUCACGAGAGGAUGUCGUUCUGGAAGCUGUUCUUUAAAACAAACCAGGGCAGGAUCAAGGGAUACAAUCCCAUGGUGCCGUUCGUGUAAUACGUUACACCUGUUUUUACAAACAUUUUCGUAAAAAAUAUAUACAUAUAAAAUACAUUAUUUUGGCUAAUUGAUUUG